UCCAGACUCCCUCACAGACCGCGGCUGGUUCCUCAGAACCUCGGACACCCUGGGAUAAGGAGUUACUCUGGAGGACGGUGGGUGCAGAAGGAGCACCGCGACCCGCGGAACACCUCCAGCAGACCUUCAAGAGCAGGAGAGCAGCACUUCCACCAGGAGCAGAUCUCCACCUCCACCAGGUGCGCACCACCUUCAGGGCUCGGAGCCGAGAGUGUGGAGACCAGACCCUCCCCCCCCCCCUCCGUGAUCGCGGCUCUCCCAGCACCCCUGCAGACUCGAAGAGCAGCGGAGGGUUGAGGAGCACCUCGUGCACGGACAUUUGGAUGUGAGGAUGCAGCCGUGGAUAAAGUUACUGCUGCUCUACGGCUGCUGGGUGGGAGCGCAGGCGGACUUCGACGGCAGGUGGCCCAGGCAGAUGGCCUCGCCCAACGGGUUGUGCCGUUACGGAGCUCGGAUCGACUGCUGUUGGGGCUGGACGCGACGUUCCUGGGGACACUGUCAGCCUCUCUUCGCCUUAACGCACAGAGUAGUCGGGAUAAGGUGCCAGCCUCAAGCUCUGUGUCAGCACGGCUGCAAGCACGGCGAGUGUGUCGGGCCCAACAAGUGCAAGUGCUUCCCUGGCUUCACCGGCAAGACCUGCAACCAAGAAGGUGAACAGGACUAUGUAACUCCCGCGGUUUGGGAUGGUCUCCCUCCUAUGUUUCUUCCUGUGGACCUUGAGCCAGCAGGGGGUCCACCACAGGACCUGAACGAGUGCGGACUGAAGCCGCGGCCCUGCAAACACAGGUGCAUGAACACGUACGGGAGCUACAAGUGCUACUGCCUCAACGGCUACAUGCUGCUGCCGGACGGCUCGUGCGGAAACGCCCGCACCUGCAGUAUGGCCAACUGCCAGUACGGCUGUGAGGUGGUGAAAGGCGAGGUCCGGUGCCAGUGCCCGUCGCCAGGGCUGCAGCUGGGGCCCGAUGGCCGGACCUGCGUGGAUGUGGACGAGUGCGCCUCCCGCCGGGCCGUGUGUCCGCGUUUCCGCAAAUGCGUCAACACGUUCGGCAGCUACAUCUGCAAGUGCCACGACGGGUUCGAGCUGCUCUACAUCAACGGGAAAUACCAGUGCAUGGAUGUGGACGAGUGCGCGUUGGGUCAAUACCACUGCCCCGGGUUCUCGAGCUGCUACAACACGCCAGGUUCUUACAAGUGCAAGUGCAAAGACGGCUCCCUAGGCGUGGGCUACGACUGCAAGCCGAUUCCCAAGGUGAGUAUCGAACCUCCCAGACCGGGAAAGAACCAGCCAAACAACAAGAUCCCCGACUCGGACGACAAGAGGACCGCGACCACGGCGCGCGCUCCCGUGACGGUGAAGAGGGUCGACCCCACCACGUCGAUCCCGACCACCGCACCGCCGCGCAGAGUCACUCCAGCCCCCAAGGAACCCGCCAUCCCCACACGGAAGCCUUCUGUUCCCACGAGGAAACCGCCCGCCCCUACGCGCAAGCCCGCGGUCCCUACCGUCAGACCCCCCGCACCGACCACCAGGGUCGCCGUAGUUCCUACCGGGCCCCCCCUCACCCCAGAAGUCACCCCAGCGGACAACAGCAUCCCAAAGGAGGUCACGCAGAAGCCGAGGGGAGACGUUCACAUUCCCCGUAACCCCGGACAGAACAACGUUUUGACGAUCGAUUAUGACAUCGAGUUGGGAAACACCGCGGAUGAGUUAAAGGACGAUCCAGAUGCCGGCUUCCUGAGCUGCGCCUUCGACGACGGCCUCUGCGCCUGGAUCGAUGACCGAGAAGGAGACCUGCGCUGGGAGACGACGGAAGACCCCGCAGGGGGGAAGUACCUGACCAUCCCCGAGGCGGGGGGCAAGAGGAGCGGACGCGGGGCACGGCUCGUCCUACCCCUGACGCCGCCCUGGAACUCGGGGAACAUGUGCCUGUCGUUCCGGCACAAGCUGGCGGGACACCACGUCGGAGUGCUGCAGGUGUUCGUGAAGAAAGGACGGCAGCACAGCCCCGCAGUGUGGGGCCGAACCGGGGGCCACGGCUGGAGGAGCACCCAGAUCACGCUGUGGGGGUCGGGACUGGAGAGCGUGAUCCUGAAAGGCGAGCGAGGACGUGGCCGCAGCGGCGAGAUGGCCGUGGACGACGUCAGCCUGAGGACGGGUUCCUGCUCCGAGGAGCACAACCUGCGGAGACUGUAGCGCAGGCCCUCGGACCGCUAGAAGAACAGCGCACGGACACACCUCGCCAGCAAAGCGCAGGGCUGAAAACGGGGAGGGACGCCAUUUAAAAUUUAAAAAAAAAAAAUUAAAAAAAGAGGAAAAGGACUGGUUUUCGAAGAGCAACGAGAGGUGAGCUUUACUUUAGCGCACGCACAGGACUGUGUGCAUGAAACACAGAAGGCAGCCCUGAGAGCCGGCAGAGCCCACGCACUCGUACUGCUGCCAAAGCGCGGGCCGGGCAAGGCUUUCCAACAAAAGUAAUGCUGACAACAACAACAACAACAACAACAACAACAAUAAUAAUUUCAUAAUUAAGUGGAUUCUGUGUUCCGUGCUUCUGUCUGAAAGUGUCUGAAAUUGUGCUCCUUUAAUGUCCACCUGUGAAAUUUACCUGCAGAUACAGGUCCGUUUCUCCACAAUUUUCCCGCCCAAUGCAUAAUUUAAAAAAAAAAAAAAACAAAUAAAUAAAAGGAAAAAAAGUGACUGUGAAGAUCAAAUUAAACAGUUGGUAGUAUUAGUGGAGACAUUUAAUAGUGAGCUGCGCUCCGCUGCACAGACAAAUAGAAGACCUUUGUAAGCCAAAGGAAAUACCUCAAAAAGUCACCAUAAUUGCCCCCCCCCCCCCCCCCACAAAA